GCACUGGCCAGAUUUCUUUGGGAUGGCGGUUUUUGGCUGUUGCUCUUUUCUGGCGACGUGUGCAGAGCCGCAGGGUCCCUCAUGAGCAUUCCUGCUUUUCCCUUUCAGUUUACUUCUGUGUCUGAGAUGGGCGUGAUCUAACCUCCACGGAACAGAGAAUGGCAUCCAGCCCUGUGGUUCCCGCUGGAGAUGAACAGGUUUCCUCCGGCAUCGACGACCUCCACAUCUCCCUGCAAGCUGAACAGGAAGACACUCAGAAGAAAACCUUCACAUGCUGGAUAAAUUCACAGUUGGCAAAGCACACCCCUCCCUCCGUCAUAUCAGACUUAUUCACAGACAUUAAAAAGGGCCACGUCCUUCUAGACCUGUUAGAGGUACUCUCAGGACAGCAGUUGCCUCGAGAUAAAGGAUCUAAUACAUUCCAAUGUAGAAUCAAUAUAGAACAUGCCCUGACAUUCCUAAAAAAUCAGUCGAUCAAGCUAAUAAAUAUUCAUGUUGCUGAUAUUGUAGAAGGAAACCCAUCCAUCAUUCUUGGCCUCAUCUGGACCAUCAUACUGCACUUUCAUAUCGAGGAGCUCACCCAGGCGCUUUCUUGCACUUCCAAUCAACCUUCUGUGGAUGAUGUGUGCGUGGCGGAUUCGUCUCCUGCCUCAGGGCCACCAGCGAAGAAAUGUUCCACAGCCCAAGCGCGGUGGCAGCUGUCUGCAAAGAAAGCCCUUCUCGUGUGGGCUCAGGAGCGCUGUGCCAUGCAUGAGUCUGUCAGUGUGACGGAUUUUAAGUCAAGCUGGAGAAAUGGCCUGGCCUUUUUGGCUGUCAUUCAUGCCCUGCGACCGGACCUCAUUGACCUGAAGAGUGUGAAGCAGAAAUCCAACAAGGACAAUCUGAAAGAGGCCUUUGAAAUUGCGGAACGAGAGCUGAAAAUCCCCAGGUUGCUGGAACCGGAAGAUGUGGACGUUGUUAAUCCUGAUGAGAAGUCAAUCAUGACGUACGUGGCGCAGUUCCUGCAGUAUUCCAAGAAUGUACCUGUGAUUCGAGGCCGGACUCAGGGCAAGAUGGAAGACGCAAUGGCCUGGCUCGCCCUGCAAGAGAAAACGCUCCAGCAGGUGCAAAAGGACACAGAAAACCAGAGCUACUUUAAUAAGUGUCAAAGCCUGCUGUCCUUUAUGGAGUCAUUCAAUGAAGAAAAAAAAUCUUUCAUGGACAUCCUGUCCCUAAAGGGAAAUGUGCAAGAGCCCAGUGAAGAUCAGAGACAGCUGAGAGAGGGCUGGGACCGCCUCAACCACCAGAUUAGCGCUUGGAAAACCAAGCUGGAUGGUGCCCUGCCCCCGCCCCUGUGUGACGUCGAGGCCUGCCUGCAGGAUGUGGAGGAGCUGGGGGAGGAAAUCUUGACAGCUUCCCAGGAUUCCUCAGACUCUGUGACUCUGAUCCACGAGAAAAUGACUCUCUAUAAGAAUCUGAUGGAUCGAUUUGACUAUCAUUCAAAUAUUCUCCUGACCUUUGAAAAUGAAGCUGAGGGACAUUUGCCACUGGUGCCACCUACCAAACUGGAGGAAAUGAGAGGACGACUCAACAACAUUUUGGAGAAAAAUUUGAUUGCACUUCUAGAAUUUCAGUACCAUAAGUGCUCAGUUCUUGGCUUGCUAGACGAAGCAAAAGCAAAAUUGGAAGUCUGGAACACCAAAUGUGGGCAUAAAGAGUCCGUGGAAUUAUCACUGGAAGACUGGCGUAAAUUUAUUGAGGAAAAAGAGUUCCUAAUUCGACUUGAUACUUCUUUUCAAAGAUGUGGAGAAAUUUGUAAGAAUUUGGCUGGCAAAUGUGAAGCGAUUAAUGAUCAAUACAUGAUUAUGGAACAGAAUGUUUGUAUGUACAAAAAUAAUAUCGAGAAUGUGCAGUCAACUCUGCAGAAGGUCCUGGCAUGCUGGGCUACUUACACGGAAAACCUUCGCUCACUGAAGGCUUGUUUUGAGGACACAAAGAAGGACACAAAGAAGGUGACAGAGGUCUUGGAAGGAGUUUAG